GAUAGAAUUUUUACAUACGAGUAAAAGAGAAGGAGAAAAUUUGAAACGCGAUAGACGUAGGUUUCGUUUACUUUGUGCAAUAGAUACAGAAUAUUCCAUAUUCCGAGCCAGUAUUCCAUUACUGACAGUAUAAGAGUAUAUCUAUAUAUCUACAUAUAUGUAUAUAUAUUGAAAAUGAAAUACGAAUCGAUCAAAUCAAGUUAAUUUCGAAGCGUGGAAACGUAACUCGUAGUUCCUUUACGAUGCGUGUUCAAAACGAGUCGAGGAAUAAACGAACGAAAAUGCAGCGGCAUAUGAACGCAAACGUUAUAAUUCUGAAUUAUGUCGCAUAUUUUACUAGAGAGAUUACAAAUGAGUCUCAUAUAUCGACGGAUUAUAGCCCGCUUCAUGUACAAUCGAAAGAAAACUACGGGACCUGAGCAAACAAGGUAUACCUUAUGACGAUGAUCGCGUCCGUUGGGAAGAACGUUCGGCAGAAGACUAAUCGUAAUAAUAAUACAUUCGCCUAUCCGUAUGUACAUAUGGACGAAGAUGUGUCACCUGGAGGUUGUCUCGUCGUCUAUUAUUAUUAUUUGUUAUCGAGAUAUCCUUCCUUCGUCUUCUCGUUCUCUCGUAUAUUAUUUUGUUUAUCAUUGAUCUCUACCAGAACAUCAUUAACCUUUCGUCGAACAAGACGUUGCGUUGGACGACUACGUCGUAUAAUCCAUAGACGGAUACUUCUGCUCAUAAAUCAACGUAACAAGUUCACGAUCUUCAAAGUUUAUCUCAGACGUCACGUUCUUCCUUGGAUCGGAGAAAGAAGCGAUUUUCCUUUUUUCAACGAGAUGUCUCGAAGUUUCCUCGUGGAUUCUCUCAUCGGCAACAACUCACCGCCGUCCUAUCCGUUGCCAUAUUACGGGAAUCAAUUGCCAAAUUACAUGUUCAAUUUCUUCAAUCUGGGAUUAGGUUAUCAGCCAAUUAGACCUGUUCCUAGAACACCGGUGAUGCCUGUGCCACCAGUACCUAUAAGUCCGUCGACAAACGUGUCUUUACCUAUAACUGGACAAAGCCCACCUUCUCCUCUAAACGCUUCGACCAGCAGACUCUCAGAUGUCUCGGCGUCUAACGAGUCACCGUCGCGUAACAGCACUCCAACACCACCACCGAAAUCACCAAACUCCAUUUCUAAUAGCUCGAAGCGCAUUAGAACGGCAUUUACGAGCACACAAUUGUUGGAACUCGAACGAGAGUUCGCUUCGAAUAUGUAUCUCUCCCGUUUGCGUCGUAUUGAGAUAGCAACGAACCUAAGGCUUUCCGAGAAGCAAGUAAAGAUCUGGUUUCAAAAUCGAAGAGUCAAAUACAAGAAAGAGGAUCUGCCGUCGGGACAGAAUCAAAAGUGUUGCUGCUUACGUACAUGCGGUAAAAAGAAAGAUGGUUGUGCGGACGGUUUGCAGAAUCGACGGUGCGAUCAGGAAGAAGAACAGGAUGGAAAAUCCUUUGAUACCACGAAUAUAACCACGACAAUCUCGCAGACACGAGAAGAUUCGAGUGGAUCGAUCGAACUGGUCGUUCGUCGUGAGCAUGAAUCGCCAAUUCGAAAAAACGAACGCUUCGAAAUAUCUUUGCUUUCGAGACAAACGGAAGGCUCGCCAUUUCCUCGCGAACCCGAUGAAAAAUUGAAUUUUCAAAGGAUCGAGUCGUUUCACGAGCGAACGAAAGAGGAGAUGAGCGAACACCAUUCGUCCGUUGGCUGCAAAAGAAAUACCGAGGAUGAAUAUGACAGGAUGGAUAAGAGGAGAAAAAUGGACCUAACACCGACCAUGCAUCAGAGUACGCAGCACAGAGACUCAAUCUCUAGACCGAUAUUUGACAACUUGUCUCGCACCAAACAUACCGUGGACAGAAUUGUUAAUUCUUAAAAAAAAGCGAAAAAACGUUUGCUAGUCUUCAAAAAUGUUUCCAAAGAAUCGAUAAAUUAAAAUAUCGAUAAACGAACAAUCGAAAUCGAUACGGAACGAUGAAUUCUGCACGCCUAUAUUAUGUACAUAUGUAUUUAUAUAGUCGCGGUUUGUAAAUAUUGUCGAUAUAUUUUUGUACCAUUUACGUGAGAGAUAAGAGAUCGUAUAUUUUUCAUACGAAUUUCAUACGAAAUAAAAAAGAAAAAUCAUCCAUUUUA